AUGACGAUUGCUCGUCUACAAGCUUUAUUACGAGAUGUCAACAUUCAGAUUCAAACAACUCAAGAUCCAGAAUUAGUAAAGGCAUUUUUGAAAAUAUGCAACAUGCUCUUGUCCGCCUAUGUUCGAACAAAAAAUAUUAAAGAUGCCAAACUCGUCUUUGAUGGUCUUGUCGCUUCUCCCUUUUGGGAAGGCAAUGAGGAAAUAACUACGGUUUCGGUUGUGACAUUGAUGUAUGGUAUACUCGAGAAUGGUACACGAUCGGAUUUUUACAAGUUCAUCAACUCAGUAUCCAAACACAACAAGCUACCUUGCACUGAACGUGUCUACCGAGAACUCUUGUAUAUCUUGUACCAAUAUCGAGAUGUGAAUGCUUGUCGACACUAUUUUAAAAUAAUGAAAGAAAAAGGAUUAUUAGUCCAUGAACCACCUUACAAACCAAUGUUUCAAGCUCUGACUAUAGAGAAUAACUCAGAAGAAGCACUAGAGCUACUGCAAGAAAUGAAGGACAAGGGCAUCCAGCCAACAACAGGAGUAUAUUGUAUGGUGCUGAGAAUGCUGCAUGACAACAAAAAGAACAGUAAAGAGAAUAAAAAGCGAAUGGAGCAAAUCUAUCAAGAGAUGCUGGACUCUGGCGUUGAAUUAAACGUCGCUGUAUAUAUUUCCAUGGGCUGGGACCCACUUGAUGCUCUUGAUGAACUGAAAAAGAGAUCAUCAGCACCUAUUCCAUCAAGAGACUACAAUACUUGUUUAUCCCGACUUAUAAGGGCAAAUAGAAUUCAAGAUGCACUUCAGUUAUACCGAAAUAUGAUCAAGGAGGGUGCUGCAAUAGAUCAAUAUACUUAUAGUAUGAUCAUGGAUGCUGCUGCCAAGGAUAAUGAACAGCCACCUGAAGCUGUCUAUGAGAUGUAUGAAGAGAUGAAACAGCAAGGUCUUCAGCUUGACGAGGUUGCAUACACCAUUGUGCUAGGAGCAUGUGCAAAAGAAAAAAACUUAACAAGAGCGAUAAGAUACAUUGAAGAAAUGAUUCAUUAUGGCAUUCACCCUAAUCAAAAGAACAUGAAUGCCUUCUUAGCUGUCGUUGCUACAUCUUCAUCAACAUCGUUCAAUCCACGUAAGCUACGUGAUGUAUGGCUCGCUUUGGUCAGCAUGGGGUUGCAACCAGAUACCCGCAGCUUCAACGUUUAUUUCUCAGCGCUGUAUAAACAAAUGCAACUCUGGAAGGCAAGAGGCAGAAGCUAUUAUGCUAACGAAAGUCAAGAGGAUAACUAUGGUAAUCCGACUCGAGGUCCAUGCAGAUAUAUGGUCAUGGGUUAUCGAGCCAUGAAAGAGAGAGGUCCAUCGUCCAAGCCUGAUUUUGCAACAUACACCAUUCUCAUAAAAGGAUUAGCCUCCGGAGGCUUUACUCGUUUAGCUAUGCAGAUCUAUGAAGACGCCAAGAACGAAAGAGUAUAUCUAGAUGUAACCGCAUUUAAUGAAUUGAUCAUGGCGCUUGAUAAGAAGGGUGAUCUGUCGGAUAUUAUGAGCAUAUGGUACGAUAUGAAGAUCCUUAAUGUGCCACCAGAUAAUACGACUUAUGAUCUCGUCAUGGAUACCUGCGAGAAGCUUGGUCUUCACGAAACGUUCCUGAACAUUAGAAGUCAACGAAAGAAUGAUUUUAAUAGACUUUGGAAUAAAUCCAAGAAUAAAUAA